UAGUACCUUUUUGCUGCCUCCUGGGCGGAGCAGACAGCGGUCCUUCCCAAUUAGGAUGGGGCUGCGGCUGCACCCCAAGGAACCCCAGGAAGGCCCCCCUGAACCCCCUGCUGGCAGCUUCUUCAGCCCAUCAUGGGGUCCUGAUCACCGGGAAGCCAGACUAGAUGGUGGCCAGCCUGUGGAAGAAGGCGGACAUCCUCUCGGGUCACUCCUGGUGGCUCCACAUUGGGGCGGGUCAUCCUGGGCCUGCUCACCCUGCUCAUGUGGGGGUUCCCCCUUAUGCCCCUUUGGUGUCUUCCUCAGCCCCCCCCCCAGCCCAUCCCCCACUUCCUGCAGCUCCUGGGCCAGGGUGGGCUCUCCAGGCCUAGGGGUGGCUCCUUGUUCUCUCCUUCAGGUGGUCCAAAGUGGCUCCAUGAUGAAAAAUUCCUGGAGUGUCUGGUGGCCCCCCCAGCAGUGCCCCCAUGUGUGCCUUCCUGUCCAGGCUGGCGGCUGUGGAGCUCCCCACUCUGGGGGCCGCCUUCCCCCCAUCCACUUUGGGGCAGAGCCAGGAGCUACAGAUGGCCGGUUGAAGCCAGUGUCCCCAGGGGGGCCCCAAGAGCCCCCCCCACAUUCUGAGGGCCCCAAGGUUGUGGCUUCCCCACUUCCGCCACACUGGGGGGGGGGCUCCUGGGCCACUAGGCAAGAGGGAUGGGCUGGGGCAGUCUUGGGGGAUUCCUGCUCUGCCCCCCGCCACCUCGGGCCUGGGGCUCCUCCAGCCAAGCGGAUGGACUCGAACUCUCUGCAGGGUCCUUUCUGGCUCUAA